CGUCGUCCUGGGCUCUGUCCAUGUCUGAGCCAUCCACUGUGCUCUGAAGGCCUUGGGUGGAUUAGAUCCUGCUGCAGUGGGGUGGAGGGUUCCAGGGAAAUGGGAACAGAGACAGGGACUCGCAUCCAGGAGAGCUGCACGUGGCCCUUCCUAAGGAGCUUCUGGGAUGAGUCCUUCCUUCCCUUGACUCCCCUCCCCGAGGGAGUCCUUGUAUGCUGUUGUCCCGUGGCCUGUUAGGUAGCACCUCCCUCUUGUCCCCUUCCAGGAUAGGAGACCUGGAAGAAACAAGGGGAGGUCUGUUCCACCUCCUCUGUAGCUACCUAGGCAGAACCUGGGGCAGGAGGAAGGGCCCGAGGCUGUUUGUCCUGUUUCUUGGAGGCUCUGUCUGGUGUUAUUGUCUCUCACGUCUUCUAAUUAUUAUUUGAGCCAAGGGGUUCCCCACAUCCAACUCUGCGAACCAUUGGCUGAGGGUUGCUGGAGGGUCAGGUGAAAUUUGCCUUUGACCUCACCCAAAUGUCUCCUCCUUGAGCUGGUGGGGCCUGUGCUGAUCCCAUAGGACCUGUCUGAGGUUGGGAGAUGACACUCCCCAAAGUGGUAAGGCCAACCUGGGCAAAGGUGUCUGCUUUGAACCUGCGGGAUUCUUUUCUUUCUUAGAGACCUGAGGGCAGGUGCCAAGCCCUGGGAUCUAGAUCCUGCCCUCCGGCUGUUUAAGAUCAGGAGUCUUUAGAAGGAAUCUUGAGGGAACAAGAUGGGGCCAGGCCCAUGUUCCUCUGGCUGAGGACUAAGAGCCUCCCUUUUUCCCAAGCACCCCUUUCCCCUCCUUAGGAAGAGUCCUGUUGUUCCCCGCCUGUCCAUUCAUUUGGAUGCAAACAGCCCUAUUCACCUUCCUGUGGAAAAAUCCACCCUGGGGCCUUAUCUGCAGAUGGGGUGGCCCAGGCCCCUUGGCUGUGGGUGGGUCCUUCCCCGUCAUUGCUAUUUCAGGCUUGGAGGGGCUGCAGGAAGCCCUAGGAGGGGGCUUCCUCUGGGCGUAUUUAUAGAGGAACAAAAGGGGUACAAUGGGCUGUCCCAUUGUAGAUGGGUCAGAUCUAGGGACAAGGACUCGGAGGUAUAGGAGCCCAAGGGACAGUGUUCCCUUGGAAGAGAAAGGGGAGCCUCACUGGACCUCUACAAACCAGGCUUAAGACAGCCUGCCUCAGGUGGUGGCUUCACGGUCCAGGAUGGUGUGGAACGAAGUGAUAGCAGCAACACUUUGGGGACUCCCCUGGUUCCUUCGGCCCUCUUUUCCCUCCCCCUAUCCACUGCCUUCUGUUCUCCAGCCAAGGUCCCCUCCCUUGACUCCCUGUCUCCACUGCCCUGGGUCCUGGAGCAGGGCAGGGCCUCGCAGCAGCUUCCUUCCUUCCUUUCUUGGGACGGAAACCCAGCUGGGUGUGGGGGGCGCCGGACAGGGGAGGGGGUCCAGUAACCACCCUGCUACCCAAAGUGAGUCAGCCCCUACGUCCCCACCCAUCCCCAGGGAACCUGGACCACAGUGGGAGGUAGAUAAGUAGGGUGGCAGUCUCGGCUGGCCCGAGAGCUCAGGCCACUCCGGGCUGGUCACCUCCUGUUUGCCGUUCCUAGCCCACCUCUCAUGGCUCGCUCCAGGAAUACCAUGCUGCCUGCCUCCGCCCCAGGAGCUCCUCCACAGAACUUCCACCGAGGGCUUGUUCAGGAUGUCAAUGGGCCCCCAAGAGAGCUGCGUCCCCGGCUCUGCCACUUACGAAGGGGACCCCAGGGCUAUGGGUUCAACCUGCAUAGUGACAAGUCCCGGCCUGGUCAGUACAUCCGCUCUGUGGACCCGGGUUCGCCUGCUUCCCACUCUGGCCUCCGUGCCCAGGACCGGCUCAUUGAGGUGAACGGGCAGAAUGUGGAGGGGCUGCGCCAUGCCGAAGUUGUUGCCAGGAUCAAGGCACGGGAGGAUGAGGCCCGGCUGCUGGUGGUGGAUCCUGAGACUGACGAACACUUCAAGAGGUUGCGGGUCACACCCACUGAGGACCAUGUAGAAGGUCCACUGCCAUCACCAGUCACAAACGGGACCAGUUCUGCUCAGCUCAACGGUGGCUCCGUGUGCUCAUCCCGAAGUGACCUGCCAGGCUCAGAGAAGGACAAUGAGGAUGGCAGUGCCUGGAAGCGAGACCCCUUCCAGGAGAGUGGCCUCCACCUGAGUCCCACAGCAGCUGAAGCCAAGGAGAAGGCUCGUGCUACCCGGGUCAACAAGCGGGCACCACAGAUGGACUGGAACCGGAAGCGAGAGAUCUUUAGCAACUUCUGAGCCCCUCUCUGUCUGUCCGGGGCCCCAGGGUCUCUUCCUGCACGGACCUUGGGCCUUUCCAGAGAUCCCCAAGCCUCAGCAGACUGGAGGGUGGCAUCACGCCACCCAGAAAACAACCCAUGACCCCACAAACCCUUGUCUUGUCCACUGGGUGCUGCGGCUGUCAUAGCAAGAUGAGGGAAGAGAGAAACCCAGAGAUGAGAGAGAGAGAGACAGAGACAGAAACGGACAGACAGAGAGACAGAGAAGCAGUGAGAGAGGGAGGAGCUGUGAAUGGUGGUCUGCCAAGGGCCUUUGCUGUUCUGCCUCAGGCCUGCUGACUGAAAGGAAUUCAUGUUUUUGCUUUUUUUCCUACAAGGUCUCCAGCUCCACAUGUGUUUCUAGUUAAUAGUGGAGCCCCCUCCCCCAGCCCCUGGGGACUCACUCUCUAAAUAAUUGCAAUAAAACAAACCUUUCCCUGCAAACCCUCUCUUACCCACCCUGCCAGCAGCGCCAUCCUGCGCAGAGACCAGGGACUCGAGGGAACAGGCAGCCAGGGGCCCUCAGGGCCAGCUGUGUGCAGGAGCUUACACUCUGUCCCAUCCCUAGCAUCCCUAGCGAGGCGCGGUCCCUACACCAGGCCUCUCUUCUCUGCCUGGCUACCCCUGUGCUGCCUCCCACAUGCUGGGUUCUGGAAUGCAAAGCCUAGGCUCUCUGAGGGGCCAGAGGAUGGCGGUUCCAUGACUCCGAGAGGGAAGCCUCUGGACCAGCUCCUUAUCCUGCUCUGCAGCUCCCGAACCUGGAGAUGGUGGGUCUGUGUGAGCCAUUCCCAGAUGAUCCUGGGCUCCUGGGCCUGGCCCCUGCCUUAUGCCUACCUGGCACCCACCCUCUGACUUUUCCUCAGUGCUCUCAAUGCCCACACUCACUUAUCGGCACUGCAGUCUGCCUCGUAAGCCAUAGCGCACGUGCGCGCGCACCCUCAAAUUAAACAGGCCUUGCCUCGGA